AUGUCUUUGUCCACACUUGCGCCUGUCGAUGCUGUCUGGGCCUCGUCCAAAUUCAUACCCAUCCCGACCGCAGACAUCUUGACUUUUGCCUUCGCCAAUCUUGGUCGGUACGACCAAAAUGCUCCGAUUUUUGUCGAUGCGCGUAGCCCAUCAGACUCGGUCUCGGCUCUUCAUGCCUACCGAAUCGUUCAUCAGCUCAUCAGAGGGUUCAAAGAGCUCGGUUUGAAAGAGGGGGAUUGCGUGUGCCUGCAUUCCUAUAACAAUAUCUGGUAUCCCCUCCUUUGGCUCGCAAUAAUCGGUGCUGGUGGCUGCGUCUCUGGAACAAAUCCUGGCUACAGCUCUUCCGAACUGGUCGGGCAUUUCAAUCUCACAAAGCCCAAGUAUAUCCUCUCCGAAGUAGCUUGUAUCAAACCAAUCAUCGAUGCCGCUUCUCAAUGCAACAUUGCCACCUCCAACAUCUUCUUCGUCGGUACCCAAGAUAUCCCUCAUGUCCAUGGCUGUCGAAGCUGGCGAACAUUACUCAUCGACUGCGAAUGUGAUUGGAGCGCGUCGAAUCAGCAUGAUGCUCACUCUGCCCCAAAUCGGGUCGCGGUGUACGCCAUGACUAGUGGAACCACUGGACUGCCCAAAGUUGCGAUGAUAUCACAUCGCUACGUUGUGGCACAGACCGUGUUCUUGGAGAGCCAAUUUGACGCCAGACCUUACCAGCCAUCACAACUCAUCUGUCUACCUGUCUUUCAUGCAUUUGCGUCGCCGUUGGCUCUUGUCCUGCCCCUGCGCCGAGGUAUUCCCACCUAUUUUCUGCCUCGAUUCACCCUUCAGGGUUUCCUGCACGCCGUCGGCGCUUUUUCCAUCACCGACACCCCCGUGGUUCCUCCGAUCAUCGCUUCACUGAAUCAAUCCCCCGAGUCAGAUCACCACCUCCUCCGAAGCCUUCGGUAUGUCAUCUGUGCCGGCGCACCAAUGACUACCCGUGUUCAGACCAAAUUGUACGAUAUUCUGGAUGCCCAUGCCGUGAUUUCUCAAUGUUGGGGAACAACCGAGGGGGGGUGGCACACUCUGUUCGAUUGGCAGGAAAAGGACACUUCCGGAAGUGUUGGGCGAUUGAUGCCAAAUGUCCAAAUGAAAGUCAUUGAUGACGAUGGGAACCCGGUGGGGGAGGAUGACAAACUUGGUGAAGCCCUGAUUCGAUCACCGAUCAUGUUCUCUGGUUACCUUGACAAUCCCGACGCAAACAAGGAGGCAUUCGAUGUUGAUGGAUUCUAUCGAACUGGUGACCGCGUUUACGUUCAGAACAACAAGAUCUUCCACGAAGGAAGAAUCAAAGAAGUCAUGAAGGUCAACGGAUGGCAAGUCUCGCCAACUGAACUCGAGACCGUUCUGAUGGAGCAUCCGCUGAUUUCCGAUGCCGCCGUAGUUGGCAUGACUCGUGAGAAUCAACUGGGGAUCCAGGUGACAUUACCGUGUGCCUAUGUUGUUCGCGUUCACGUCGAAUCUGUCGGUCAAGGGUCCGGAACGUCAAACACAGAUGUCAGGGGUGGCCUGGAGCCGUUGACUGCGAAAGAAGUCACCGAUUUUAUUGCAUCGAAACUUAUCUCGUACAAACAUCUCACCGGAGGCGUUGUCUUCGUCAAGGAAAUUCCUCGCUCUUCUACCGGAAAGAUUAUGCGUCGACUCCUGUCUGCCACAGAGCUUGAUUCUUCGAAUUAG